GACAGAUGGGCGGCGUUGGUCUUUGGCCUCCCUCCCUUCAUCUGGAUAUGGAACCAACACUCCAAGUUCAACUGUUUCAUCAUCUUGCUCAUCUCAGGAGAAGCUACACCAGUUGCCCUAUCAACCAACAGCUGAUGAACUUCACUUUCUGACAAAGCACUUCAGCACUGAGAGUAUCACUGACGAGGAAGGAAGGCAUUCUCCAGCAAUGCGGCCUCGAUCUCGUAGCCUGAGUCCUGGUCGUUCUCCGGUGUCCUUUGAUAGUGAAAUUGUGAUGAUGAACCAUGUAUACAAAGAAAGAUUUCCAAAGGCCACAGCCCAAAUGGAGGAACGGCUGGCUGAAUUUAUUGCAUCGAGUGCACCUGAAAAUGUGUUGCAAUUAGCAGAUGGGGUCCUAAGCUUUAUUCAUCAUCAAAUUAUUGAGUUGGCCAGAGACUGCCUGGAUAAAUCACGUGAAGGACUCAUUACGUCUCGGUACUUUUAUGAACUGCAGGAAAAUCUUGAAAAAUUGCUUCAGGAUGCUCACGAACGGUCAGAAAGUUCUGAUGUGGCAUUUGUUACCCAACUGGUAAAAAAGUUGAUGAUCAUCAUUGCACGUCCAGCGAGGUUGCUUGAAUGUCUGGAGUUUGAUCCCGAAGAGUUCUACCAUCUGCUAGAGGCUGCUGAAGGCCAUGCCAAAGAAGGGGGAGGAAUUAAAUGUGACAUCCCUCGUUAUAUUAUAUGCCAGCUGGGCCUUACCAGGGAUCCCUUGGAGGAAAUGGCCCAGCUGAAUAGUUGUGAUAGUCCAGAUACCCCAGAGACAGAUGAUUCUGCAGAAGGAAAGAAUCGGGGAGCUACUGUGCAAUCCAAGAAAACACCAUCAGAAGAGGGGUUUGAAACUAUUAAAUUGAUCAGCAAUGGGGCAUAUGGUGCGGUGUUCUUGGUGCGCCACAGGAAUACACGUCAACGUUUUGCAAUGAAGAAGAUUAAUAAGCAGAACCUUAUUUUAAGGAACCAAAUUCAGCAAGCUUUUGUGGAGAGGGAUAUCCUAACUUUUGCAGAAAAUCCUUUUGUGGUCAGCAUGUUUUGCUCCUUUGAAACCAAGCGGCAUCUUUGCAUGGUCAUGGAGUAUGUGGAAGGAGGGGAUUGUGCAACUCUUUUGAAGAACAUUGGAGCAUUGCCUGUAGAUAUGGCAAGAAUGUAUUUUGCAGAAACGGUACUGGCACUAGAAUACCUUCACAAUUAUGGAAUUGUCCACCGUGAUCUAAAACCUGACAAUCUUCUCAUAACCUCAAUGGGUCACGUCAAAUUGACUGAUUUUGGCCUCUCCAAAAUUGGCUUAAUGAGUUUGACAACUAAUCUGUAUGAAGGUCAUAUUGAGAAAGAUGCCAGAGAAUUCUUGGAUAAGCAAGUAUGUGGGACUCCAGAAUACAUUGCGCCUGAAGUAAUAUUGCGACAAGGUUAUGGAAAGCCUGUGGACUGGUGGGCCAUGGGAAUAAUCUUGUAUGAAUUUCUAGUUGGUUGUGUUCCUUUUUUUGGAGACACCCCAGAAGAGUUAUUUGGGCAAGUUAUCAGUGAUGAAAUUGUCUGGCCAGAAGGAGAUGAAGCUUUACCACUAGAUGCCCAGGACUUGAUUGGUAAACUCCUACGACAAAACCCUUUGGAAAGACUGGGAACAGGUAGUGCUUUUGAAGUGAAACAACACAGUUUCUUCAAAGACUUAGACUGGAAUGGAUUACUACGGCAAAAAGCAGAAUUUAUCCCACAAUUAGAGUCAGAAGAUGAUACUAGUUAUUUUGACACUCGUACUGAGCGAUAUCAACACUUAGAUUCUGAGGAGGAGGAAGACACAAAUGAUGAUGAUCAUAUGAAAAUUAGACAGUUUUCCUCAUGUUCACCUAGAUUUAGCAAGGUAUAUAGCAGCAUGGAACGUCUUUCCAUCCAUGAAGAGAGAAAAACGCCACCACCCACCAAACGGAGCUUCAGUGAAGAAAAGGAUGACAGACAUGAUAGCUUUGUGGGCUUGAAGAGUCGAGACCGCAGCUGGGUGAUUGGAUCCCCUGAAAUACUGCGUAAACAUAUCUCAGUGUCCGAAUCCUCUCAUACAGAGAGUGACUCCAGCCCACCCUUAACUGUCCGGCGGCAUUGUUCUGGGUUUCUUGAAAUGCCUCGUUUUGCCAUUUCAGCUGAGGAAGAAGGAAAAAAGAAACAGCUGGAUGGGACACCUUUGCCUCUGACACAACCUCGGGAAUGUCUUCCUUAUCUAAUUCCAGAGCAGUCUAUAAAAAGAGAAGUCCAACUGGGUGAUAACGAUGGACUAAAAACUCCUUCUUCAACUGUCAGUAGUAUGAGUAGCUCAACGUUUACAGGUGGGGGCAUUACCGAUGUCUCCGAUCAUUACACUCGCAGUAACAGCAGUGAAAGUCCAGACUUUAUGACUCCCAAGGCUACAAGUGAUCUGGCUGUGCGGCGAGCUCGACACCGGCUACUUUCAGGAGAUUCCGGGGAAAAGCGGACCUCACCGCGGCCUGUCAAUAAAGUGAUCAAGUCCGCAUCAGCUACUGCCCUCUCCCUCUUGAUCCCUUCAGAACACCAUACCUGUUCGCCAUUGGCUAGUCCAAUGUCACCUCAUUCUCUCUCCUCCAACCCAUCUUCAAGAGACUCAUCUCCAAGCCGAGACUAUUCUCCUGCUGUUAUGAAUCCCAAACCACCAAUCAUCAUCCAUCGAGCUGGGAAGAAUUAUGGUUUUUCACUUCGUGCAAUUAGAGUCUACAUGGGGAACAGUGAUAUCUAUUCAGUGCACCACAUAGUCUGGCAUGUAGAAGAAGGUGGUCCAGCAAGUGAGGCUGGUCUAAGGGAAGGAGACUUGAUAACUCAUGUGAAUGGAGAGCCUGUACAUGGAUUGGUUCAUACAGAAGUGGUAGAAUUGGUCCUGAAGAGUGGAAAUAAAGUGUCCAUAUCCACUACCCCUUUUGAGAACACAUCGAUCAAAUUGGGGCCAGCUCGGAAGGCCAGUUAUAAAUCAAAAAUGGCUAGAAGAAACAAGAAAAGCAAAACAAAAGACGGGCAGGAAAGUAAGAAGAAGAGUUCAUUAUUCAGGAAAAUUACCAAGCAGGCCUCCCUGCUUCACACAAGUAGAAGUUUAUCUUCCCUCAACCGUUCCCUGUCAUCUGGGGAAAGUGUUCCUGGCUCACCUACACACAAUCUCUCUCCUCGUUCUCCAACACAGGGCUACCGAUCUACUCCUGAGCCUGCACAUUUAGUUGGUGGAAAUUCUUCUCAGAGCAGUUCGCCUGGUUCCAGUGUUCCCAAUUCUCCAGCUAGUUCAGGGCAUAUCAGGCCCAGUUCAUUACAUGGACUAGCACCAAAACUUCAACGACAAUAUCGAUCUCCAAGACGUAAAUCAGCUGGAAACAUUCCUCUUUCACCACUAGCUCAUACGCCUUCACCCACUCCACAAUCUACAUCACCUCAGCGUUCCCCUUCGCCUUUGCCAGGGCACUCAAUUGGCAGUUCAAGCAUCAUGCAGUCUUUCCCUGUAAAGUUACAUUCCUCCCCGCCUCUGGCCCGGCAGAUUUCACGGCCGAAGAGCGCUGAACCAUCAAGAUCACCACUCCUGAAAAGAGUCCAGUCAGCUGAGAAACUGACCUCUUCCCUGUCUUCCUCAGAAAAAAAGCUGCCCUCUACACGUAAGCAUAGCUUGGAUAUUUCCCAUUCUGAAUUCAAAAAGGACAUGCUUCAGAGAGAUCCGGGUCUCCAAAGUUGGCAGGAAUCAAUAAAUGAAACAUCUGGAGGUAAAGCUGGGCCAGCAGAAAAAGGGACACUCCAAAAACCUUCUUCCCGAAAACUUGGGGCCAUUCGACAAGAUAGGGUAGAAAGAAGAGAAUCUCUACAGAAGCAGGACGCCAUUACAGAAGUAGAUUCUUCUGAAGAUGAAACUGAUGAAGGGUCAGAAGAUAGUCAAGACGGGAAAAGAUUGGACAGGCCACCCUUCAUUAGAGAACACCAAUUUUGUAAUCCUUUUACUGAGGAGAUGAAGCCUUGUUCCAGAUUAGAAAGCAAAGAUAGCAUGGAAGAUGAUGCUUUUCUUCUGGAGGAACCAAAAAUGGACAAUGUGCAGAGUGAGAUAAAUCAACCACAACAAAAAGAUGUGGAAAGGGCAUUGGUGACUGACAUAAAUGAGUCCCUGUCUGAAAUUUGUGCAAUAGCUUCCUUUACAGGAAAACCUGAGGAUUGUGAACCAAUACAGUUAAUAUCAGAAUGCAAGACAGCCUCAGAAUCAAUACAAGGUAAGAAAGUUGUUGUUCAACAGGACACCUGUUUUAAAGAUGCUGAUGAUCCUAAGGAAAUACGGAUUAUCCAAAAAAGUAUAGAUGGUCCAGAGCAGAUGAAGUGCCUCCCAGUAAGAUUCCGACAGUUUGGUCAAGGUGACUGCUCAGAAAUAGCAGGUGACAAAAAUAAUACAAAGGAAUCCGCUUCUGAAGAAGCCACCUAUCUGUUAUUUCACGAUAAAAUGCCUUUGUUAGCACUUUCUUCUUCUUCUUGCACAACUAACACAAGCUCCCUUCCAUUAGUAAGCCAAAUAGACUGCAAAGACACAUCUUGGAAUCGGGAAUGUCAUCAGCCUUUGAAGGAGAAUGCUAGUAUUGACAAUCUGACAAACUUUGGCAAAGCUUUUGAACAAAUGUCUCCUAAAGUCGAAGAGCAAGUGUUGUCUUCUGCAGUGGGAAUUUCAAAACACAAAAGUCACACAAGUGAUAAAAAUCUAAGCUGUCCUACAGGCAGCACAACAUUUAUACUCGAUGCCUCAAUUGAAAGUGGAAAAACAGUUUGUCCCGCUCAUUUGACAAGUGCAAGGAGUACAUUAAGUGCAAUGGGAUUGAACAUCUCCAGCUCAAGAAAAGUAGAAAAAGAUAGAAAAGAUAAAAGCCUGUCCAAACAAGGCUUAAAGGAGACACUACUGGAAGAUCUGGGUCCAGAAUCAACCAAAACUUUAAAUAUAGGCGGUCUCGUUAAAAUUUGUGAUUCUCACAUUACAUCAGAAAGUCCGUUUUCUUGGGAGUCAGAAUGUCGGAUAAUACCCAAAAAAUCACAAUCUGGUAUGCCUGAUGCUUCUGAAAUUUUGGAAGAGAGAUGGCAACUACCUCUACUUGAAGAUCAAGCAGAUGGGAAUUGGAACAUGAGGAUUUCUUCUGGACCAGAUGAUAGUUUGAGUUCAAAAAAGGAGACUGCUCCAGUGCCAGGAAAAAUCAGCGAGGCUGGAGGUCAGCCCCAAACAAAAGGCUUCUUGUUGUCAAAAGCUGAUGCUGUGAAAAAGAACAUAGCAGCAGCUCCAUUCAGAAAGAAAGACAACAUUAGUUGAACUCAAAAUAUAAAUCAAGAAACCUUUUUUUGUAGAUUUGUGUUUCAUAUUCUCGCUUUUUUCAUUGCAAUUCUAUUUUUGUACACAGCAUUUGCCAUUUGAUCCCUCUUUACAGAGUAUCUUUAAAGCAAAAUCACCCCUCCUUUUCCUUUUAAUUUGGAGCAUCUUGUGCAUUAACUUUUGAGUGUUUUUCUCCCCCCCCCUCAAAAUGUCAGUGUGUUUUAUUUACCAUAUAAGGCUGCUUGCUCGACAAAGGUACAUUUUGACACUAGCUCCAAGUGUUUGUCCUUAUUUGCAGACUUUAAUUUCAUUAUGUUGAUAGGGAUGAAGAAAUACAAUUUAUGGAUUCUUCUACAAUUCUUAAUGCCACUGCACACCCUUUUUCUUGCAUAGUUGUGUUAUCUCACAACUUUCUGUGGAGGAAGCUUUGUUAGCUUAUGCAGUGAUUAGUAUCUUUUUUAAAGGGGCUCGCCUGAGCAAUCUGUCAAAAUAAAUUUUGGUUUUUAUCCAUUUUUUCAUUGCCUUAAAAAUAGUAUGACACUCCAUCAUUGGGGAAUUUUUAAUGCUAGUUGCCUUACCAAUAUUACCUUGCUCUGAGCAAGCAAAUAUUUAAUAAGAGGUACAAGGUACUUCCAUUACUGUAGCUCUAAGUUAUUAGCAGCUCCCUAGCACAGACACUGCUGGAGACUGUGAACAUCUGAGACCAUCCCACCUUAACCUGCAGUUUGUGGCUUGGUAGCAGAAGGAGUUAACAGCAGGAAAAUUCUAAUUGGAUGGGAACAACUGAUAGGAAGGUACUGUGUUUAUUGGUUAGGGAAGGGCAGAGAUGAACCACUAAAAGCAAAGUAGCCUUUAUAGCUUCAGUGAGUAACUGUUCAGGAAAAAUCUCCAGUAUCAUGCUAAUGAACUAUAUUUUAGUUGCUUGAUUUACCUACAUUUCCAAAAUGCCUAUGCUUUCUUAGAAUCCUUUUGAUACUUUUUGAGAUUGCAGCAUUGUUUGGUGCUUUUUUUAAAAAAAAUACAGCUAAAUCUAGAACACUGCACUGAUAAUAUACAUACAGUAAAGCAAUAGAACAUUUCAAGAUUAUUACUUAUUAUCGUUUAAAGGCAAAAGAAGGUAUUUCAACCCCCUGCAAAAUACUUGUGAAUUUAACUCAUAGUCUCUUGUAACAGAAUAUAUCUGUAUGUGUGAACAGACAAAAUAACUACUUUUAUAGUCUGAAAGCCUACAUAUGCUGAAGUGAUCACAUGGUGUAUGAAAUAAUUCUCAAGGGCAAACCUUGUAGUUAAUUAUAAUAUAGCUUCAUUAUUCUGCCAUAUUGCAGAUAUCAACUCUCUUCCUGCACCAUUUCUGUUUUCCAAGUCAAUAUUUACUUUUUUAACGGGGAACAUUCUGUUUAAACUCUAUUAACUUCAUCAUCACAUUUCAGGUAUUCUUGUACUCCCCCACACACAAAUAAUAUUUAGUACAUAAUUUUUUAUCCUGGAUUUUAUUUUUGGACCAAUUUAUUUUUAAGCUGGUAUUGUUUUAACAUUAACCACUCUUAAGUGCAUGAUGUGUGCUUGAAUGUGUGCAAAAGAAGAAACGCCCUCUGUAUGUGGCAGUGCUAUAAAAUCCAUUGACUUUUUCAUAUAUUAACUUGAAGCUUCUGAAUUUCUCCAGUAAUAUUACUCAUAACAAUCUCAUGAGAUAUGAUUAUCUGGUCUGUCCUGCCACUUAUGCAUAUAACCUUAUGCACUGUCCUUCAGGCCUAUUUUAAUUAUCCUUUGUGUUUUACAAUCCUGUCACUUUGCUGCACCGCUCUCUAAUAGACAAAUAAGAAAAAAGGGAUUGUUGCUAAUAUGAGCUGAUGACUUAGCCACUUAGAACUUGAAUAAUGUAAACAAACAAUUUACAAUUUACACUAUAUUAAUUUGAGGCCUGGGUCAGAUAGUGUACUUCGUAGUAUUAGUAUACACAAAAACAGCCAAAGGAUUUGCAUCUCUAGUUUAGUCUAUAUAGGCUAGCAUGUGUAUGUCUUAUCACUUAGGUAUUUUACCUUUUGAUAUGCCUUUUUUACUAUAACCAGGAAACCUCUUAAAGGCUGCAGAAGUCUUUUACUUUCACCACUACUUUUCCAGCUAUGGAUCUAUAUUAAUAACAUUAGAGAUAAAAAGAAAGGAAGUUUCAUUUAGGCCCCAUAGCAGGAAGGGGGUGGUGGUGGAGGGAAUUGUGACAAUCACGAUGCCACAGAGGGUAAAAUUCAACAUCUUAAAAGCCCUGGAAGAAUCAAGCCUGCAGCAAGUGGCAUGUAAUGGAUGAAUAGAAACUAUUGAGGGGAAGAGAUUCUAUUUGUGAUCCAGUUAAACCAUAUGGUGAUGACCUGGUUGGCCAAAUUUCCAUGUUUUAUUAAUAUGAUUUUAAUAAUUCUAUUUUAGACAUAGGAUACAUGAAAUAGCCAUCCUAAUACACUGUUUGUCAAGUUCCUCUUUGUUUGAAUAUCUACAGAUCACUUUUUUUUCCCUCAGCCAAACUUAAAAGUUUUCAUAUCCAGCUGAUGUAUUUGACAAUACUUCACAGAAUCAUCAGAAGGAUAUUUAGUGUACAUAUUAGACUUUUAGCCUUGCUAAAAAACCACUUCUGGGGAACGAUGCCUAAGGUUUUGUGGUAAUGGUUAUGCUACAAGAACGCUCACCAUACAACAGGGUACGAGGAAUGACUUGUGAGUUUUUUUCCUCAUUCGCACUGAAUUAAGAUGUGAUUUGGAAUUUUUUGUUUGUUAUUUCCUGUGGGGGGAAGAUACAUUCUUUCUCCAGUUCUGUCUUAUGGACAUGAAGGAUAAUGCCGUACUUCUAGUAGAUGAUUUUACAACUCUGUGUGUGUUUACACUGUGUGUUGAUUUUGGUUGUUUUGGAGGAUGUGAACACAGUUCCAUGCUGAGUUAUGUUUUCAAGCUUGAAGUCUGACAAGCAGAGGGUGAUGUGGAAUAGAACUGUUUUAGAAACUUGAAUAAUUGCCACAUAAUAUAGGUGCAAUAAUUUUUAUCCAUGUUGUACCUGCAUGUUGAUGUUCAAAUAUUCUGAAAUACACUUCAUUUUUUACAUAAA